AUGGAUCUUCAGCCUUGGGAAUUGUAUUCAUCCGAUUCAGAAUCGCUGUUCAUCUCCGAUUCUAAAGCAUGCCCCGACGACAAUGACAGGGUACCUUGGCAAGGAAGCCCCAAGUUUUGUUCUCUCUUCUUUGCCGAUGACAAGGAUGCUGAAGAAGAAUCCGAUCCGGAGCCAUUUUAUCGGCUUUCUGACGAGGUCCCCCUUGGCCCAGCUGCAGCGCCGCCGAUUCGGCCGCGUAGCUAUUUCGAUUUUGAUAUCACCGAUGAGGACAGUGAUGCGGAGUCGAUUGACGCCAUUGAGGAAGAGCACCUCGCUGCGGCGCCGUCUGCUGAUGUUCAUGAAGCAGAGUCGGAGGGCUGGCCCGGAGCGGCACAAGGCGCCAAUGUUGCGCCUUCUGCUGCGUGGUGCCAGGAGCUCAAGAUGAUGCGCAAAGAACUCGAAGCCAAUACCACGAUCAUAAUGGACCGCUUGGAUCAUCUAUGUACUGCGAAUGCUAUUGCUCCAAAGCAGGUCACCGCCGUCGCCACCAUCCCGGCGACGGGAAAAGAUACCGGGACACAGACAUAUCGCCAGGAGAGACUGGUUGCCUGCGUUUGGGCUGAAGAGGUUCUUGUACGGGGGCAGCAGGUCGUGGUAGAAGAUGGGGGCGCUUGGAAGUAUGUGACUGUUGUCCUCUUUUUGAUAGCGGCUCUCUGGACUGCUUUUCAGGUUACGCUGGAUGGCUGA